UUCUAACAUGCACUUCUAAUCUCUCAGAAUGCUAACUGACAUCAACUUUAGCGGCUGCUAUUUGUAAAACUAAUCCAUUAUUAGUACAAGCGAAUAUUUGUUAAAACCAAAAUCAUUUAGUUAGUAUGACUCCAUUAAGUUUAAUUUUAUUUUGUGUGUUUGUCUGUCUGGUUCUGUGGCUAUGGUGUAACAGACGAUUCAUCAGUGUGUACCGGAAGGUGGGGUCUAAACAUAUAACGAAGUCAGAAUGGUACAGUUUCCUUUUUAGAAGUGACAGAGAAGAGGUCCUUAAAAGUCUACACAGCAUCAGUGACCACGCUAUCACUAACGGUGGACUGUCGGCUAUAUGGAUGCUGCAUAGAUUCUAUCUGAUAAUAGCGGGCGCUGAAGACGCUGAAUACGUUCUCAAAUAUCAUUUGGAGAAAGAUGACUUGAUGUGGGCGCUCAGAUUUUACACUCGUACUAGCUCGGUUUUUGCAACAGUGCCAAUAUGGCGUCCUCGAAGGAAAAUAAUAUCGGCGCUGCUGUCUCACAGGAACGUGACUAAAUUUGAGCCUGUGUUUGCUAAAAACAGUAAGAUUUUGACGGAACAGCUUCAACCCCAUGUGGGUAAGGACGCCUUCUCAAUUUGGGAGCAUUUGAACGCUCUGACUUUGGAUAUCACGUGCAUCACGAUCUUAGGCAUAGACUUGAACAGCCAAAUGAACCUCCAAGAUCCCUUGAGGACAGCUGUGACCGGGGUGAUGGAUCUGGCCGGGGAAAUUCUCAUGCAAUUCUGGUACCACGUCGAGUUUAUCAUGAAACGGACAAAGAACUAUCGGAAAUUCCUUAAAUACGAUCAAGUUAUAAACGAUUAUGUGAAUGUGGCAAUGAAAAAGCAUGCUCAAAUUACAAAAGAUGAUAGCAAAACGCUCUCAAUCGAUAACGAAGAAGGAGAGGCAUUCAGUCUUCUCCAUCUGCUGACGGAACUGAAAGAACAACGCGGGUUUGACCACACCAUGAUUCACGACGAGUCCCUGGGGCUCCUCCUGGCGGCGUCGGAGACCACGGCUGUCUCCAGUUCCAUGGUCUGCGUCCUCUUGUCCAGGGUGCCCCACGUACAGCACAAGGUGUACCAAGAGUUAAUGGAAGUGUUUGGUGAAUCAGACCGCGAUGUGACGAAUGAAGACCUUCCUCGACUCAGGUACUUGGAGGCGGUGAUCAAGGAAACCCAGCGGUUGUACCCACCAGGCCCUUACAUCACAAGAAAAGCACUUGAGGACUUUGUCUUGCCAUCAGGCGUCGAAGUUCCCAAAGGCACCAACUUCCUCAUCAGCAUCUACGCGCUCAACAGGAACCCCAAGUAUUGGGGCCCUGACGCCGACGAGUUCAGACCUGAGCGGUUCCUCGACGGCAGCUUUUCGGAGAAGACCAUCCACUUUGCUUUUAGUAAUGGACCCAGGGGAUGUCCUGGAACCGUAUUCGCGAUGAUGGUGAUGAAGACAGUGUUAGCAACGCUGCUGCGUCAGUACCGACUGCUGCCCGCCGCGCCCGGGGCUCCGCUGAGGUUCCAGUUAGGGCUCACAUCCAAGGCGGUGGACAAAUUCAGUGUUAAGAUACAACUGAGGGUAGAUCGAAAAUCUGUUUGAUUUGUUCCAAUAGUAAUUGAAGGUUACUUGUCUUAUAAUAUAUAUAUUACUAGUGACCCGCCCCGGCUUUGCACAGGUGCAAAAUUCGGAAAAAAUCAAUGUUAUUAUGCAUAAAAACCUUCCUCUUGAAUCACUCUACCUGUUACAAAAAACCGCAUCAAAAUCCGUUGCGUAAUUUUAAAGAUUUAAGCAUACAGACAAACAGACUAAAAUAGCGACUUUGUUUUAUACUAUGUAGUGAUUUAUUUCUGAUGUCAAAAUUCAAAUUCAAAAUUCGAAAAUUUUAUUCAUUAUUAUCUAGACUUCAUAUCACUUAGUGAUUGUCAUAUCUUUUGGUUUCACAACAAUGGUUGACGUCAAAUAAAUUACUUAAAACUAAGUUUACUGCCGCUUCCAAAGCGUCUGUGUUGAAGACAGUAGUGACAGCACUAAACGUUAUAAUUUUCGGUAAUGGCUGCAUCUAAUUAUUUAUGUAAAUUAUUGUAGUUUUUAUGUAUGUUUAUUAUAAUUAUUUUAUUUCUUAUUUUGUUCAGGUAUAAAUGUAUUUAUUUAGUUUGACCUAACAUCAAGUUUUCUGUAAGACCCAAUGGUUGACUGGAUUCUAGCAUUAAGUCCAAGCAACUAAAGUUUAAAUAAAUGAUUAAAGAGUUAGGUUAUUUAGG